GCAACCAGUCAGUUGUAGUUGUGCUCUGGAGUUGGUCUGUUGUUGCUCCAACUGGAGAAAACUUGUGUUGUUCGCUCGAGUGUCUUUCUUCUUAUCUAGCUGGAGCGCUCUCACCGGAUUUACCAGAUAAAGAACUUGAAGCACAUGUAACGAGACAGCAACAUUACUCACAACUGCAGAAUACAAGAUGUUGGUGAAUUGUUUAUUGUUGGCGAGUAUAGUGGGCGCAGUUAGUCCGGUGCAGACUGGCUGGAGGCCCAUUGGCAACCCAGCGGCGCCCCCUCCCGACCUGUCCCACCUGGCCCCCUCGGGGCCGCCCUCGCACUCCCCUGUCGCCUACCAGGCCCACAUCCCCGAGCCCUCUGACGGCUGCACCCUCUACAAGGCCGUCUUGGACCAGGAUUCUCCAUCCCAGUAUGUGCAGUACAAAACUCCGAUUCCAGACAUGAAGGAGUUCACUCUAUGUCACUGGCACAAGUUCUACAACCAUUCCCAGGACCAGCCACUGUUUGCUUACUCAUCGAGCCACGGUCGUCCGCGAGACAUCUACUCGUGGGUGUCAAACUCUGACCGCGCCAGUUUCUACAUGCUGUCGGUGAUGGGUCACACGCUGUACCGCCUCAACUAUCCGGUGCGUCUCAACAAGUGGUAUCACGCCUGUCAGUCGUGGAACGGUCGCACCGGCGAAUGGCAGAUUUGGGUCAACUCCGAGAGAAUCGGCCGCGGAUUCUACAACUUGGUGGUGGGCAAGACGAUCAAAGGCGGCGGAGUGGCAGUGAGCGGCCAAGAGGCGUCAGCGCUGUCGGGUCCCGAGAACUUCGACUACUUCAAGCCUCGCAGCGGGCUGCUGGGAGAGGUGACGCUGCUGCAGCUCUACAAGGCAGCUCUCACUGCCGGCAAGGCCUACACCAAUCACAAGCACCACCACGCGCACCACUUCCAUCACGACGACAAGCUCGGUGAGGAUGACCUGCGCAUCCUUGGGGUCAACCCCGCCGCCGCCGCCGCCAUGACCAACGCCUUCCAGCAGGGUGCUGACUUCCCGUUCCUCAGAAACGGCCAGCUAGCACACUCACUGCCCGUCCAGGACCUGUCAGCGUUCCGCAGCAAGAACCCGCAGUUCAACCCACAAAUCAACAUCCUCAACCAGUCGCCAUUCUUCAGUCAAACGUCGGACCCAUCCUACAGCCUGCAACAGAUGCGCCUCUACAAACGUGAACAGAUGAAGGAGAAGCCAGAAACAACAGCGCCACGUGUCACCACACGUGUCGUCACACGUGUCGUUCGCAAGCCACAGAAACUUCCGGCCGCGAUCCGAUUCAACGACGAGGGAGACGAUAUCGACGAGGUCGAUCAGUACUUCGAGAAGUUGCCGAUCAAACGGGAGACCGAGGAAGGAAGAGCGUUCUCGGCUGGAUUGCCGGAACCCGUUAAAGUGGCCACAAAUGGGGAGCGCGAGAAGAGGAGCAAAGAUGUGAAGGAGGAGGUUGUUGAAGACGGAAAGAGAGAGAAGAGGAGUGCCAAUGGAGAUGAGGUUGUUGAUGGAGACUUGAAGGCUGUGGAUAAGAGAAGUGCUGAUGUGGAGAAGGAUGUUGUGAAGGAGGGUGAGAAGAACAUUGGUGAGAGAGAGAAGAGAAGUGGAGCAGAAGAGAAAGACAAAGACGAAGUGAUGAGCACCCAGGAAACAUCAAACAUGAAAACGAAACGCGAAGAGACCACUGACGAGAGGAACCACAAGAAACGUACAGCCCUCAUAGCAGGCAUGCCGUUCGGUGUAAUACCGGGCGCAGAUCUGUCAAGUCUGUUCUCAGGCGAAGGUUACAUGCUCGGUCAGGGAGGAGUCAGGUUCGACGCCGUCAUGCAGCAACACCAACAGCAGCCGUUCCUCAAGGAGGAAGAGGAGCAGCAGAUGGAACCCGCCGAAUGGGAGGUUAGAAGCAUAAUGGCUGUCUGUUCAGGGUGUAGUGAAGACCCCUUCAGGAAAGCCAGUAUAGUUUCAUGGCGAGAAACGCCGAAAAAAUUGUUUUCGGGCGUGCUCUACAUCCCAGCCGCACCUGAGUGCCAGAGGUUCUAACAGUGCCAACUCAACCAGGAGGUGAAUGAUUCCAUUCAGAAUCCAGUUUCAGUGACUAGAGAAUACUUCCUUCAAAUCGAAUUUUCAACACAAACUGUGGAGACAACUUUAGUCCCUUUCAGGAGGCCUGGCUUCUUAUAAAAUCUAUGAUUCAUUUUGAUUAAUAGAAGAACACUACAGUAACUACAGAAUAAAUAGGUUUAAUUACAACUGCACUUAAAAAACUGUUAUAAUAGCAACUACGAUACAGUAGUAUGUAUAAUCUAUGGUACCUACAGUUGUAGAAGUACCGCACUAGUUCCUUUCUAUUGCUUGAUCGGAUGAAAGUAGUUAAACCAUUAUAUACUGGUCGAUUUUCUAAACAAUGAUAAGGAAUGAACAAUGAGCAGAAUUUGACAACAUUUAUUCAAUUAGUUUAUUCUCUGGUGGCUUAUGAUAUGAUUUGUUUGAAAGACCAUUGUCAUCAAGACAAAACUCCACCUGAGCCACCAAACAAUAAACAAAUUAAAUAAAUUCUGUCAAUUUCUGCUGUUCGUCAACUCCUAAUCAUUAUUAGAGGAACCCAUUUGUAGUAGAUUUGACAGCUUUAUUUCAUCAAUCAAUACCUAGCAUAAUACUUGUAGAAUUUUACUAGCUGUCAACUCAAACUGAUUAUUGUUAGAACUUAUCAGUCUAGUUUGAUUACUUCAAACAAUUUUCAAAUCCUACUGAUUAUCAAUAAAAUGAAUAAUUAAGAAAAUUUGACUUCAAUUAUUCUACAUUUGGAAUAAGCCCACAUUCAAAGAGAACUUUCAUGAAAUCCUCUAUAAACUUAACGCAUAUUAAUAGUGAUGAUCAAUAAUCAAAGUUUUCUCUGAAUGUAGGCUUAUUCCAAAUGUAGAAUAAUUGAAGACAAAUUACCUUAAUUCAUUUUUAUUGAUGAUCAGUAGAAUUUAAAUUUUUUGGAAUUUGAUAAGGUGUUUGACAACAAAUUGACAUAACAAAUAUCGUCAUAACAGUUGUUAGUCUAUGAGUGAAAGUUAACAACAUUUAUUCAAUUAAUCUAUGAAGUUGAUGCUGACUAACUUAUUCUAUUGAUUAGUCUUUCCAAUAUUCUAUGAAAUUAAUCUUUAGAUGUUGAAUGAAUAGAAAACCAUAGAUUUUAUAGGAAAAUACUUUGAAGUAACCAUAGACAUUGUCCCCACAGUAUGUGCUUGAGGUAUUUGAGGACUUAUUUUCAAGGAAGUCCUUUAAAAGUCACUGUAUCAAUUAAGAGUGCAAAAAUCUCAAGAGCUGAGACUGAAUAGUUGAAGCUGGAUUUCUAAUUUUUUCCACUGUGCCACAAUUUGUUGAUCAAAACCUUUCUUCUUGAAUCUUACAAAAAUUAUUCAUAGAAAAUUGAAGUCUUUAUUUGGACAUAAUAGUUUGAACAGGACGUGUGCCACUACUUUAUGAAACUCGAAAUACCAAGAUAGAUUUUUUGUCAACUUGGCUCAGUUUGAUAGGUCUGCAUUUUGAAUACCUCUGUAUUCCUUAUGGUCUCCAAAUUACUAUCAUAUAGGUAAUUAAGUAAAUUUAACUUAAAAAUAACUUAAUUUACUUCCAUUAUUUGUAUCUGUUUUAUCAAUCAUUCUAGACAAUUAUUAUUUUAUUUGUUGAAGUUUUCUUGAUAACUGGUUUCUACUAUUUCUGUUCACUAGGAAAAAAUGCUUUAAUUGAUUAGCUUAGGAAAAUACCUUGCAUAUUUUGAAGGAUAUUUUUGGAAGAGUAUCCUGUCAUGAUUCUCAUCUUUCUCACAAGCUAAUUCUUGAGCUUUUCAUCAAAAUUGAAAUUGAUUUUAUUCAAGUUUAUUAUUGAAGAAACCUGGAUCUGUAAUAUAUUAUUACAAAUACUUUCCAUUUGGCCUAGUUGUAAAAUUUCUCAACUCUGUCAGCAAUCAUUUAACAGUGGAGGUAAUUUCUCAAUAUAAUAAUAGUUUGUCAUUUCCUUCUUCAGGGCUACUUUUAAAUAUAAAUAAAAAUAUAAAUCUGAGUACCCUUUUUGAAAUUAUUUAGUCACGACAUCUUUCGGCUAUGAUGCUAUAGCAUCAUAGCUUCUCAGAUUCAUUUUUUUAUAAUAAUAGUUUGCUAUUGGAAUUCCAGAUCAGCAAUCUCAUUUAUAUUUUGUGAGAUUGAUUUGUCAUUUUUGAAUAUAUGGGCUUCUUUAGAGUUAGAAGCUUUAAUUACAGAUUGUAUCUGAUUUACAUAUUUCACUGCAACAAACAAACUUGUGAAGCACUUUCAAUGUAAACCGGAAUAAGAACAUUUAUUAUCUGUGAUACCUGAUAAAACAACAAAUUGCAUUUAAUUACGAGAUGAACUAUAAAACUUAUAAUAUUAUAAGCUCAAAAAGAAGCGAAAAACCUCUACGCUUUUUUAUUCUUGACUCGUUACCGUAUGGAUACAGUUGUCAAUGUAUAUUAUCACGAAAUUGUUUUCCACACUAUUUAAUUUGACCAAUGAAUGAUAUAAUUAUAGUCUCUCAGAAAAUAUCUUCAAAUGAUGUUUUUCGUAAAUUUGUUGUAAAUAAGUAAUGCUCAUCAGGUAUUUUAUAAUUUUGACCUAGGAUAAGUUUAAUUUAUUAGAAUUUUGUAAUGAAGUUUUCCACAACAUUUUAUAAAUAAAUUUGUAAAGUAAAU